AGCGCGCGCCUUCUCUCCGCUCUGACCAAUCAGCGCCGCCGCCGCUCCGGCGCUCUCUUUAUAAACCCGCUGCUCGUCGCAGAAAUUCAUUCUUUCCCUGUGACUCCAGAGAAGAUCGUCUCAAGAUGGCCAGAACCAAGCAGACCGCCCGUAAAUCCACCGGAGGAAAAGCUCCCAGGAAGCAGCUCGCCACCAAGGCCGCCCGUAAGAGCGCCCCGGCCACCGGCGGAGUGAAGAAGCCCCACAGGUACAGGCCCGGUACCGUGGCUCUGAGAGAGAUCCGCCGCUACCAGAAAUCCACCGAGCUGCUCAUCCGCAAGCUGCCCUUCCAGCGCCUGGUCAGGGAGAUCGCCCAGGACUUCAAGACCGACCUGCGCUUCCAGAGCUCCGCCGUCAUGGCCCUGCAGGAAUCCAGCGAGGCUUACCUGGUCGGCCUGUUCGAGGACACCAACCUGUGCGCCAUCCACGCCAAGAGGGUCACCAUCAUGCCCAAAGACAUCCAGCUGGCCCGCCGCAUCCGCGGAGAGAGAGCUUAAACUGACCCCGGAUCUGUUUAACACCACAACGGCUCUUUUAAGAGCCACAUA